AUGGUUUGGCCGACUCUUGAAGCUUUUCUCACUCUUCCCAAUGUCUUAAGUCUUCCAGAGGUCUUGAAAUGGCUUCUUGAUACUAUACUGUCUCACCGAUCACAAAAAAAUGAUGAUGAAUAUCGGGAGCCCCUGACUCGCUCCGUUCCCGCUGAAGAGGUCAUGAUUAAAGAACUCUACACCCGCUCCAUAACCCCAGAGUGGCUUAUGACCGAGGCCAAGGGCAUCUACGUAGGCCUCACGAUAGUCGAAUCCAAAUGUAUCGAGAUGGACAGCGGAUUGAAUACAACACUUAACCUCAACAACAUAUAA